GCCCCGCGGCGGCCGAUGGUCCGCGCAGCGCCGCCGCCCCCCGCCCGCCCCGCGCCCCCCGGGCAGAUGGCGCGGCGGGCCCCGGGCCGGCGGGGCGGGAGUUCGCCGGCACCGCCGCCGCGGCCGCUGCUGGCGCUGCUGCUGCUGCUCCUGCUGGGCCCCGCCGCGGCCGCCGCCGCCGGCGAGGAGGCGGCGGUGGCGGUGCCCAAGGAAUGCGACAAGCCGUGCGCCAACGGCGGGCGGUGCCAGCCCGGCACCGGGCAGUGCGAGUGCCAGCCGGGAUGGGUGGGCGACCAGUGCCAGCACUGCGGGGGGAGGUUCAGACUCACUGAACCUUCGGGGUACGUCACGGAUGGGCCUGGGAAUUACAAAUACAAGACAAAAUGCACCUGGCUCAUUGAAGGAAGGCCAAACACAAUCCUCAGGCUUCGGUUCAACCACUUUGCCACGGAGUGCAGCUGGGACCACUUGUAUGUGUAUGAUGGAGACUCCAUCUAUGCUCCCUUACUGGCAGCUUUCAGUGGUCUCAUUGUCCCUGAGAAGGACAGCAAUGAAACAGUCCCUGAAGUUGUGGCUACUUCUGGAUAUGCUCUCCUCCAUUUCUUCAGUGAUGCUGCCUAUAACCUCACGGGCUUCAACAUCACCUACAAUUUCAAUAUGUGUCCCAACAACUGCUCUGGCCGGGGGGAAUGCAAACUCAACAGCAGCACCAAGGCCCUGGAAUGUGACUGUGCCAAAUACUGGAAGGGGGAAGCCUGUGACAUUCCCUACUGCACCGAGGACUGUGGGGCUCCUGAGAGGGGCCACUGCAACAGCAAUGACUCCAAGACCUGUCUGUGCUCCCCAGGCUGGCAAGGUCCUGGCUGUUCAAUUCCUGUUCCUGCAAACCAGUCCUUUUGGACCCGGGAGGAAUAUUCUCUUCCCAAACUUCCCAGAGCAUCCCACAAAACUGUCAUCCAUGACAACAAGAUGUGGAUUGUUGGGGGCUAUGUCUUCAAUCACUCUGACUCUCAGAAGGUUUUAGCGUAUGAUCUUAUUUCUGAGGAGUGGCUUCCCCUGAACAACUCUGUGAACUCGGUAGAGAUGAGAUAUGGUCAUUCCUUGGCAUUACACGAGGACAACAUCUACAUGUAUGGAGGGAAGAUUGAUGCCACGGGGAACGUGAGCAGCCAGCUGUGGGUGUUCCACAUCUCCAACCAGAGCUGGGCCCAGGUGGCUCCCAAGGCCAAGGAGCAAUACGCCGUGGUGGGACACUCGGCCCACAUCGUCACCCUGCGGGACAACAGCACCGUCAUGCUGGUCAUCUUUGGCCACUGCCCCCUCUAUGGCUACAUCAGCAACGUGCAGGAGUACAACCUGGUGACAAAUACCUGGAGCAUUUUACAGACCAGUGGAGCUUUGGUGCAGGGGGGGUAUGGCCACAGCAGCGUUUAUGAUCCCAACACCAGAUCCAUUUACAUCCAUGGGGGUUACAAAGCCUUCAAUGCCAACAAGUACAGGCUGGCAGAUGAUCUGUACAAAUAUGAAGUCGAUUCCCGGAUGUGGACCAUCCUGAAGGACAGCCGCUUUUACCGCUACCUGCACACGGCCGUGGUGGUGAGCGGGACCAUGCUGGUGUUUGGAGGGAACACCCACAACGACACCUCCAUGAGCCACGGGGCCAAGUGCUUCUCCUCGGAUUUCAUGGCCUAUGACAUCGCGUGCGAUCGAUGGUCGGUCCUUCCCCGCCCGGGGCUCCACCACGACGUGAACAGGUUUGGACACUCGGCUGUGCUGUACAACAGCACCAUGUACGUCUUUGGAGGCUUCAACAGCCUCCUGCUGAGUGACAUCCUGAAGUUCACCCCCGAGAGAUGUGAGGCUUUUGCCAACGAGUCGUCCUGCCUGCGGGCAGGGCCCGGGGUCAGGUGUGUGUGGGCUCCCAACCCUCCCCGCUGCAUCCCGUGGGAAAACGCCACCCUGGAGCAGCAGCAGAAGGUCUUUGAAGACUGUCCUCCCAAGCCAGUUGUAGACAAUGAAAAAUGUGAUCAGAUUACAGACUGCUACAGCUGUACAGCCAACACCAACAGCUGUCAGUGGUGCUCUGACCAGUGCAUCCCAGCACACAACAACUGCACAGAGGAGCAGGUUCCUAUUACUCUCUAUGACAAUUGUCCCAAGGAUAAUCCUGCUUAUUACUGUAACAAAAAGACAAGCUGUAAAAGCUGUGCCAUGGAUCAAAACUGCCAGUGGGAGCCCAGGAAUCAGGAGUGCAUUGCUUUGCCAGAAAACAUCUGUGGAACAAACUGGCACUUGGUUGGCAACUCCUGCCUGAAGAUCACCAAUGCCAAGGAGACCUAUGACCAUGCCAAGCUGUCCUGCAGGUCCAACGGUGCUCUGCUGGCUUCCCUCACCACCCAGAAGAAGGUGGAUUUUGUCCUGAAGGAGCUGCAGAAGAUCCAGUCCUCGCCCAAAACUUUGACUCCGUGGGUCGGCCUGAGGAAAAUCAACGUGUCCUACUGGUGCUGGGAAGACAUGUCCCCUUUCACUGACACCUUGGUCCAGUGGCUUCCCCAGGAACCCAGUGAUGCUGGGUUUUGUGUCUAUUUAGCUGAGCCAUCCCAGCAGGGCUUGAAGGUGGCGACGUGUAUCGACGAGCUCAACGGCAGCAUCUGCGAAAGGCCAGCCAACCACAGUGCCAAGCAGUGCCGCACCCCCUGUGCCCUGCGCUCGGCCUGCGGGGAGUGCACCAGCGGCAGCUCCGAGUGCAUGUGGUGCAGCAACAUGAAGCAGUGCGUGGACUCCAACGCCUACGUGGCCUCCUUCCCCUACGGCCAGUGCAUGGAGUGGUACACCAUGAGCAGCUGCCCCCCUGAGAACUGCUCAGGCUACUGCACGUGUGCUCACUGCCUGGAGCAGCCUGGCUGUGGGUGGUGCACGGAUCCCAGCAACACCGGGAAGGGCAAGUGCAUGGAAGGCUCUUUCCGGGGUCCCGUCAGGAUGCCGAGCCCGUCCACGGCCGGGAAGCAGAGCCUGGAGCCCGUCCUCAAUGUCAGCAUGUGCCCUGUGGAGAACAGCUACAGCUGGUCCUUCAUCCAGUGCCCAGCCUGCCAGUGUAAUGGGCACAGCAAGUGUGUCAAUGAGAGCAUCUGUGAGAAAUGUGAGAACCUGACAACAGGCAAACACUGUGAAACUUGUAUUUCUGGCUACUACGGGGAUCCCACCAACGGGGGGACGUGUCAGCCCUGCAAGUGCAACGGCCACGCGUCCGUCUGCAACACCAACACCGGCAAGUGCUUCUGCACCACCAAGGGGAUAAAAGGAGAUGAGUGUCAGCUGUGUGAAGUCGAAAACAGAUAUCAGGGAAAUCCUCUCAAAGGAACGUGUUACUACACUCUCCUCAUCGACUAUCAGUUCACCUUCAGCCUGUCCCAGGAGGACGAUCGUUACUACACCGCAAUCAACUUUGUGGCCACGCCUGAAGAGCAAAACAGAGACCUGGACAUGUUCAUCAAUGCAUCCAAAAACUUCAACCUCAACAUCACUUGGUCCACAAGUUUUGCAGCUGGCACACAGGCAGGGGAGGAAAUUCCAGUUGUUUCCAGAACCAAUAUAAAAGAGUACAAGGACAGUUUCUCCAACGAGAAGUUCGAUUUCCGCAACAACCCCAACAUCACCUUCUUUGUUUACGUCAGCAACUUCACCUGGCCCAUAAAAAUCCAGAUUGCAUUCUCACAGCACAGCAACUUUAUGGACCUGGUGCAGUUCUUUGUGACAUUUUUCAGUUGUUUCCUGUCCUUGCUCCUGGUGGCAGCUGUGGUUUGGAAGAUUAAGCAGAGCUGUUGGGCAUCACGACGGAGAGAGCAACUCCUGCGUGAGAUGCAACAGAUGGCGAGUCGCCCCUUCGCCUCCAUCAACGUUGCCUUAGAAACAGAUGAAGAGCCACCAGAUCUCAUCGGGGGGAGCAUAAAGACGGUACCAAAGCCCAUCGCGCUGGAGCCCUGCUUUGGGAACAAAGCAGCCGUUCUCUCCGUCUUCGUGAGGUUGCCUCGAGGACUUGGGGGAAUUCCACCACCAGGACAGUCAGGUCUCGCUGUGGCCAGUGCUCUGGUGGACAUUUCACAACAGAUGCCAAUUGCCUACAAAGAGAAAUCGGGCGCCGUCCGAAAUCGGAAACAGCAGCCCCCUGCACAGCCAGGAACCUGUAUUUGAUGCAUGGACAUCACAAACUCUCUAGGGUUUUAAACAAAAUGGAAAAGGAAUACCGAGGAGGAGGAGGUGGAGGAGGAGGAGGAAGAUUUCCAAGUUGUGUCCCAAGAGACUCGAAGCACUCGGAAAAAAAAAACAAACAAAACAAAAACGAAACCACACCUUCCUUGAUCCCGACUUUUUUCUCUCUCAUCUCCGUGCUCUAGUUGGCUUUAUUUGACAACUGCUCCACUUAAGUUUUACUGACAACGUGGCUUCAGGUUGCUCCUUUUUUUUUUGUUUUCCUUCAAGUUCUAAGUAAAAAUAAUUUUAUUGCAGGGGGUCGGUGCCACCGGUCCCUGCUGGGUGUAAAUAGAACAGUAGUCCAAUAUGAAUGACACUCAGGUUUCUACAUGGAAAGUGCUUUGUAGUUCAUGUAUUUAUCAAACUGUACAAAAGAGAAAAAAAAAAAAAGAUCCAGUGUUUACAGGUGUCAGCUCUCAACACAUAAACACUACUAUUAAUCUUCAAAGCAUCUCCUCAUCCUUUGUUUUCAUUUAGUGUUUAAUUCCUCCCUUCAUUACUCAUUUUCAGUGGAACUCUCUUCCAGGCACAGCCUUUUUUGUUUGUUUGUUUGUUUGUUUAUUUGUUUGAUUUUUUUAAGUCAUCACGGUCCAGGAAUGCAAAAGCUGGGAUGGUUUGAAGGUUGAUGUCGUUGAACUGCGUGAAAUAACUGGAAAAAGUCGGAUGUUGCUUUGGAAGGACUCGGUGUUUACACAGUCUUAACCUGCUUGGAGUCCACCACACACAAGUGCCUAGACUUGAACAGAUCUAGGGAGUGAGGAGACUGCUCCACAUGCUUUUGAACACCAUUAAAUUCCUUUGAAAUAUCUGUACACUCAACAUGCAGAGUUGCCCGAGGCAAUCUGUGUUCUCUAUCCCAGGAAAAUGGCAUUUUCCUGGCUGACCAGCCGCUCACCCGGGUGGAAAUACCUGGAGGGCAAGUAGAGUUUCGGCGUCUCACGAGCAAACUCCUGGUUCCACCAGCGUUUUCCCAGCAGCAGUUUGUGUUCCAGGUCAGGUCCAUCAGAUUCCUCCUGAUUUUGGCCUCUUUCCUCCUCCUCCUCCCCUUUCCCUCCUCCCUGGGUGAGAGCUGAGCCGGGAGCUGUCGCUCCUGGGUGGUUACAGGGUUUGCUCCACCUCCUGCGGGGUGUAAAAACCAACCCUCCACAUCCCAGAGCGCUCGAGGAUGAAUUAAAAAAAAGAACUUUAAACGAAACCCAAACAGAGCAGCUUGGUUUGGCCACAGGUUUGAGACCUGCUGGUGUUUGAGCUCUGGUGGAUGUCGAAGAAGUGGCUGGUUGGGGAAGGGGUUUUGCAAACCCCAGCAGAGAGAAGGUUUGGCUUUUUUGGGGAGGCAUCAAACAAUCUGAACUGCUCUGGUGAGUCAGGGUUGUGUUUGGAGGCUCAAGGCUGGGCUUGAUGAGUUGAGGUUGCGUUUGGAGGCUCAAGGUUGGGCUCAGGGUUGGGCUUAACCCUUCUGCCUGUGCGUGGUGGUGGUGCCCAGUGUUUCCUUGGAGCCUGGAAUGUGGCACAGCCAGGGCCUCAGGACGUGGUGGUGUUUUGGAGCUGGUGGGAAGGUCUUAGUGAAGGUGCCAAACUGUGUAAUUAUGGCUCAGGCACAGUAAUUUUGGGUCCAGUCACUGGAUUGUGUGGAGAACAUCUAAUAUUUAUUAAACACCCGGGAAUUGCUCUUGGAUCUUCUGGUCAGGUGGCACUUUCCAAACUGAAACCCAAAGCACUGCAUCUUUUUUUUUAAUGCACAUUUUGGUGGUCAGUCACAUCAACCACUCAUUUUUUGGGCUGUUUUCCUUUUUUUUUCUAGCCAUGUAUUUUGAAGAGGCUUUUCAGAGCGUGGCAGCGUCACAGCAGAGAUGUGGAGUUGCUGGCAGAGGUGAUGGGAACAGCCUGGUUGGUGGUCUGGGGGACCCUGGUGGGUGAUAAUUCCGAAUUAAUGUGUCAUUUAACAAGUGCAGUGGGACUGCAAAAGGGUGUUGGGGCUGGAGAAAAACAUUAGGGAAAAAAAGUGCAUUUUAUAUAUAAAUAUAUAUAAAUAUAUAUAUAAAUAUAUAUAAAUGCAUCUGUUUCUAAACCAGAAGUUUAAAUGCCCUCUGGGAAAAAGGAAUUCUGGGUGGAAAAGGGGUGAGUUUUGUGUUUUAGGAUGAAGGGAUUUAGGUAGUUUUAAGUUUUACCUGAUGCACAGAUUACCUCAGACAGAUUCAUCUCCUUCCUAACUUGCUCUGUGAUAGGACUGACCUGAACUGGAGAAAUAAGACUGGACUAAAAUCCCCCCCAUUAUUCCAUGUUUUCAUCCUUAUGUUUGGAAAUGUCUUCUUCUUGCUCUUACUCUUUUUUUUUGGGGAGGAAAACUGCCACCUCACGUGGAGAAAACCCUUAGGCUUGAGUCUCCCUAGUCAGGACAGAGCUUAAGGAGGGGCUUAAAUUUCUUGCUGAGAUUAUUCCUGAGCAGAAACAGCUCCAAGAACUGGAGGCCCUGGAGGGGUGAUAGAUUUUUUUUUUUACGUUCAUAAAAAGACAUAAAUAUUGAUUUUGGGUGAUUGUCAGGUCUCCAGAGCCAUGAAACAAGGUGUCAGAUUUUGGGCAACAAGAACAAAAAUGAUCAAAGUUUUGAGGUUUAGCAGAACAAAAAAAAAAUUCAGUAGAGGGACAAGAGUUAGUGAUAUAAAUAGCAGGGUUAUUUGUAUAAAUAAAAGCUCCUUUAGGAUGUAGCUCUGCUCUGCAUCUGAUCUCCAAACCGAUGAGGGACAAGAGAACUCAUACAAGAGCUCUGCUGCAGUUUCAUCCCAACUUGAAGGUAAAACAGGGAAAAAAGUGGGAAAAAAUGGGAAUUUCUAGUGUUUUAUCACCAGGCCAAUCACCAGGAUUUAUGGGAAUAUUUCCUUUGGAGGUGAAGUGGGGAGGGGAAAGAACAACCUGAUUUCCUGGGCGAAUCUGUAAAUAAAUGACAAACAACACCCGGAUUUUGCACUUGGACAUAAAAUCUCCAGCAACUUGCAGGACGUGGAGGGAUUUAAAAUGUGCAUAAACCAGAAAAAAAACCUCCAUUGAAUGUAUUUUUGAUGCUUUUUAAGUGCUGUCUGAGUUUUGUCUUAAGAACUCCUUCGGCUGAUCAGCGUUAGGUGACUUUCCAGAGCUUGAAACAUCAGAUUAUAGCUCGUGGUAUCUCACCAAGCAGGGAAGCAUAACUUGAUUUUUUGUGUUCAAAUGCAUUUCACUUCAGUGUAGAAACCAAGGGAAAGAACAGCUUUUCCCAUUGAAAAAGGAGGGAAAACCCAACACUUGGGAGACAAGGAAUAAACGUCCUUAAAUUUAGUCACCACGUGGAGGAUUAAGGCAGCAGUUGAAGCCUCUGUUAUUAAGAUUGUGGCAGUGAUUCCCAUCCAAAAAUCACUAUUUUCCAUCCAAAAUCACUGUUUUCAGGUGUUUAGAACUUGCUGAAAUUCAGCAUUUGAUGUCUCAACCCUCAGAACUUUUCAAUUCUUUGAGAGGAGCCUUUUUAAAGAAAAGAAAAAAAAAAGAAGAAUAAAAGGUCAGAAGUGUUUUAGCCCUUUUAUUCUGCUGGGUCUCCAAAUAACAAAAAAACCCCACACUUGUUUUUCUUUUUAAUUCCCCGUUUUCCAUGGGUUUUAGCCCGGAAUUUUCUCUGGGCUGUCACAGCCUGACCCCACCAGGCUCUGGGUGGAUAUUUUGGGUACAAGAAGGUUUGUGAGACACAACUUUGGAGUUGUUGUCGCUCUCCCUGGGCUUAAAAAGCGCUGGGUUGAAGUUGCCAAAAUAAAGCUGUUGACCAGAAAUCAUGGCAUGGAGUGUCCCAAAAUUCAGUGGGAUGGUGCCAUUAACACGUGGCAGCUCCUUUGGCUGCUUCCUUAGGGAUAGUUUAAGUCCCAAAUAUUGCUCAGAAACAUCAUUUCUCCGUGGUAAAUGUUCCCAAGGUGCAGGGUCAGCGGGAUCAUGGAAUGGUUUUCAGUGGAAGCUCAGCUUGUCCCGCCCUAAAUAAGCUGAAUUUUGGGGCUGAAACCGAAUUUAGGCUUUUCCCACGACCUGCUGGAAUUCCAGGGCCGCAGAGCCGAGGCCGACUCUCCAUCCAGGUGUUUUCCAGCUGCUUUGCCUUUCCCACAAGCCCCUGAGUUAGGGCAUCAGCUGCAUCCCAGGAGCCUUUUCCCUGGAAACAGGGCCUCACUGGUGAGGCAGCAAAGAGUGGACUCUGCAUUCCCGGAGCGACUCCCAACCUCAUCCACCCGCUCCCAGCCAGCAGUGGAUGCCUCUGCUUCUCCCAUUUUAUCCAUUUGGGAAUGCCACAGGGAAGGGGAGGGCUGAGCUGCAGGAGCAGGUGGGAGAGGGAAUUGUGAGGGGUUUAUUGGGAAGAUCCUCAGGAGCUGUGGGAGGAAGGGGGGGGUCUCUGUCUUAUUUUUGGGCGUGUUCUUGGCAAUUUUUGGUCGAAUUCCCGCUUUUCCCGUCGGGAGCUGCUGAAACGAGCUGGGUUUGCCACGCCAGGACUACGACAAUGUGUGCAUAUGCUGGUUUUUUGCUGCAUCAGGGCAGGUUUUAUUCAGUUUAUUCCCUUUGUUCCCACACUACCCCCGGGCCGUUGGUGUGCGUCUUCCAGGUACCACAAUUCCUUGGCCGUUCCCUCUCUCCGUUUGUCACCGAUUCCACAAACCCUCAUCAAGGAGAAAGAAGGAAAAAAAAAAAACAACAAAUAAAUAAAAAAAUCACGAUUGUGGAGGAGCGUUAACAUACGUCAGUCCAUUUUUUUUACAAAAAAAUUAAAAAAAAAAAAGAGAAAAAAAGAGAAAAUAAAAAUAAGAGUUUUAUAUUACUCCGAAAUUUGUGCACAAUAAAUGUUCUUUCAGACCCUCGAAUUAAUUGCAUUCUGGAUUUUCUUUUUUUUUUUUCCCCCUCCCUCUUUGUCCUGUAAUUAUUUACGAUUCUUCUGUGUGUUCAGACUCGGGCUUAGUUUGUUAAUAUGUAUAAUUUAGCAUUUCUUGCAUUCAUAUGUAAAUAGGAGCAAGUAUUGUAAACUAUUUCAUUGCUGGGGUCGUGGGUGUUAUACAUACACACAUUUAGGACUGCAGUUUUUUGGUAUAAUUUUUUUGUAUUGUAAAAUAACAGCUAAUUUAAAAGCCGGAACGAGGAAAAUCUUGGGAGGUCUGUGCAUUUUAAAUACAAAUGUGAAGUACCUGUAUAUAAAUAAAAGUAAAUAAUGCAAAAUCUUUCCUCUGAAAUAAAAAGUAGAUGAUCUGGUUAA